GGGGUUGCUGCUCCCUGUCGUGCUGCUCCGGGUCGCGCUGCUCUCUGCCGUGUUGCUGGGGCCACUCGUGGAUGUCAACGUCCAAGGGCUGCUGCUCUCUGUCGUGCUGCUCCGGGUUGACCUGCUCUCUGCCGUGCUGCUGGGGCCACUCGCGGACGUCGACGUCCAAGGGUUGCUGCUCUCUGUCGUGCUGCUCCGGGUCGUGCUGCUCUCUGCCAUGCUGCCGGGGCAACUCGCGGAUGUCCGCGCCCAAGGGCUGCUGCUCUCUGUCGUGUUGCUCCGGGUCGCGCUGCUCUCUGCCAUGCUGUUGGGGCCACUCGCGGAUGUCGACGUCCAAGGGCUGCUGCUCUCUGUCGCGCUGCCCCGGGACAUGCUGCUGGGGCCCCUCGCGGAUGUUGACGUCCAAUGGCUGUUGCUCCCUGUCGCGCUGCUCCGGGUCGCGCUGCUCUCUGCCGUGCUGCUGGGGCCACUCGCGGAUGUCCGCGUCCAAAGGCUGCUGCUCUCUGUCGCGCUGCUCCGGGUCGUGCUGCUCUCUGCUGCGCUUCUGGGGCCACUCGCGGAUGUCGACGUCCAAGGGCUGCAGCUCUCUGUCGCGCUGCUCCGGGUCGCGCCGCUCUCUGCCGCGCUGCUGGGGCCACUCGCGGAUGUCAGCGUCCACGGGCUGCUGCUGCUAUCUGUCGCGCUGAUCCGGGUCGUUCUGCUCUUUGCCGUGCUGCUGGUACCACUCGCGGAUGUCGACGUCCAAGGGCAGCUGCUCUCUGUCGUGCUGCCCCGG